AUGGAGAUUGUCCAGCUGUAUACGUUGCUGAUUCCAGUACAGCAUGUCCUUGCUGUGACCUGGCUGUACCUGGCAAAGCAACCCUCCUUGCGUGGGGUCCUACGAGAUCCUAGUGCCUGUGAGGGUUUGAAGGGCCUUACAGAGGAACAGGUACGGAUAUGCCAGCUGCAAGCAGAGGCCAUGGACUCAGUGAAGCGGGGAGCAGAGCUGGCCGUAGACGAGUGUCAACACCAGUUCCAGAACCGCCGCUGGAACUGCUCUACUCUCCAGGGCCUGCAGGUCUUUGGCAAGGUCGCCAUGCAAGGGACAAGAGAAUCUGCUUUUGUUCAUGCCAUCUCCUCUGCGGGAGUAGCAUUUGCCAUCACUCGGGCCUGCAGUCGUGGGGAGCUGGAGAAGUGUGGAUGUGACCGCAGGAUCCGAGGGAUCAGCCCUGAAGGGUUCCAGUGGUCAGGCUGUUCUGAUAACUUGUCCUAUGGAAUUGCCUUUUCUCAAGCCUUCGUGGAUAACCCAGAGCGGAGCCGUGGCAUCUCCUCCAGUCGAGUUCUCAUGAAUCUGCACAACAAUGAGGCUGGUAGGAAGGCCAUCCUGUCCCACAUGAAGGUGGAGUGCAAGUGUCAUGGGGUAUCAGGCUCCUGUGAAGUGCGUACCUGCUGGAAAGUGAUGCCCCCAUUUCGCAAGGUGGGCAAUGUCUUGAAGGAGAAAUUUGAGGGGGCAACUGAGGUGCACCCAAAACGAGUUGGUUCACGCAAGCUUCUGGUGCCCAAGAGCUCCCGUUUCAAACCCUACACAGCUCAUGACCUGGUCUACUUGGUGGCCAGCCCAGACUUCUGCAACUGGGAUCCCCACCGUGGGGUUUUUGGCACCUCUGAACGCCAGUGUAACCGAACAUCCCAUGCCAUGGAUGGCUGUGAGUUGCUGUGCUGUGGGCGAGGCUUCCGCACAGCCCAGGCCGAGGUGGUGGAGAGGUGCAGCUGCAAGUUUCGCUGGUGCUGCUCUGUGAAGUGCAAGCAGUGUCGGCACCUGGUGGAAGUGCACAGCUGCCGCUGAGUGGGAGCAGUCAAGUGGGGCAGGGCAAGUGGCAUAGGGGAGAAAAGGAGAAGAGUGCCACCCUGCUAAGCAUGGGCAACUCUGGGGAGAAAGUGGGAGGGCAUGGCUCAGAGAAAAGGGCCAAGCACUCCCCUGAGGAAAACAUCUGUGGGAUAAUGCAAAUGUGGAAAGGAAAAGACACCCUUUGCCAGCUUGAGAGAGAGGGGAACUGAAGACUCCAGAGGGUUGCAUCUCUUGGGGAGACACACAUGGGCUGCUCCUCUCAAAGACAGGUCUGUGUGGGGAUGCAGUGGA